AAGUUUCAAACACUAAUCGUCAAAUGUUGUCCAUAUCCAAUAAAUUAACCCUCCAUUUUUUCUUAGUUGAUAAGAAAGAAAAGAAAUAGCCUCUAAUAAAAUCCCCUCUUCUCCACUUCCAAACCACUCUCAAAGAGAAAUAGAGCUUGUAUAAAGAGAAGGGGUGUAAAAAGAAAGAGAGAAACAAUGCUUGUGAGUCGGCCUCUUUCCUUAUUUAGAAGGUCACCAAGCAGCAUUUCGAUGCCGGUGGCAGCAUCGGAGGGUCCGUUUUCAGGGGUUUUCGUGGUGAAAGAUGAGGAAGCUGAGGCCGAGGACUCGUACUGUUGGGGGAUUUGCAAGAGAAGGAGUAUUAAGAAGCCGCCAUUUCCACAAGAUAGAAUAUUGACAAUUCUUCAUAGUUCUUCUCAAUAUGAAGAAACAAAAUCCACUAAAGUUUGGUUGCUUCCCGUUCUUGAUCGUCCUCUUUCUUCUAAUCGUUACUAUCUUAUCAAAGCUCGUGGCAAACAUAAAGGGAAGGCAUACAAAUGCUCAAAAGAAGACGACAUAAGAACAUGUUGCUUCGGGGACGUUUUGAGCGACAAGAAGCCAUCACCCUUCAACUUGAAAGACAUCUACCAACAGUUUCAGAUUCACAGGUACCACAACGGUGGUUUCUUCGCUCAGUCAGUCGCUCCCGAUGGUGUUCCACCAAAGUUUCUCCGAACUAAAGGAUGGAAACUUCGUUCUUCUUCUUCUUCAUCAACUUUGCAUCUUCCAUUUGAGGAAGCUCUUGGCUUAGACUCGUCUAGUAGAGAGCUUCUUCCUGACUUUAACUUCCCCAUCUUUACCACUCGCUCUCCUCCUGUGGUGGUCGGGAAAUGGUUAUGCCCAUUUGUUUUUGUGAGGGAGAACUCAAUGAGCAUAAGAAAGCAAAUGAAAAGAUCACCAAUUUACUCUCUCACUCUCGAACAAUGUUGGGAACAAAUGUUCUCUUGUGAGAGCCCUAACGACGAAUCUAGGUCCAUCGUGACUGUCACCAUCGACGUUGCUAGAGAGGUCGUGUUGCUAGCUGGGAGAGAAGCGAAGAGAGAGAGAGGAGAUGAGCAUAGAAAGGGAUUCAUUUGGUUUAAGGUUUGUAAUAGAUUAGACGGUGGUGGGAAAGCUAUGGGCAUAGGACUAAGCAUUGCCCUAUUGGAGAAGAUGAGAUGGGUGCAAGAAGCGGGAGGCUGGUUCGGCAGUGGCGAAAACGACAACGACAACAGUGGAGAGAAAGUAGUGAGGGUGGAGAAAGUAGAAGAAAUUACAAGUGAGAAUGGUUGGAGAAGAUUUAGCCUUUAUAUGUUGGUGGAAAGCUUUGUUCUUAGGAGAUCCAAUGGAGCCUUGGUUUGGAAAUAUAAUUUCAGGCACACUCAUACCAUUAAAUGUAAAUGGGAAUAGCAAGUAACAUCAUCAUAAAUUACCUUCUUAUUACAACCAAAUAUUAUUUUAGUU